UCGUCAUUGUAUGGUCACAGAAUUGAAAUUCUUUUCAUCGUGUAAAUUUUCUUCAGUAAACGCGAUUUUGAGGUUCUCAGUUAAGACAAGAGAAAACGCGAUUUUGCGAUUUUGAGGUAUCAAUGGUUUUUUAGAGAGAUAUGCAAACGUCGUUGUUUCGACGACUCGCUCCAUCGUUAGCAGCACGAUUUCAACGCAACGAGAGUCUUAUAAGUUCUUUUUCAUCUUCUUCGGUUCUUCACCAUGUUACGUCUUCGUCAUCUUCUUCUGCUGACGUGGAACCUGUUCACAUAACCGAAAACUGCGUUCGUAGAAUGAAGGAACUGGAUGCCAAUGAAUCAUCGGCUGGUGGAAAAAUGCUUCGUUUGAGCGUAGAAACUGGUGGAUGUUCGGGAUUUCAGUAUGCUUUUAAUCUGGACGAUGGAGUUAACUCGGAUGACAGAGUUUUUGAAAAGGAAGGAAUUAAAUUGGUUGUUGACAAAAUUUCAUACGACUUCGUGAAAGGCGCAACUGUUGAUUAUGUAGAGGAGCUAAUUCGUUCGGCUUUCAUAGUGACCGAGAACCCCAGUGCAGUUGGUGGUUGCAGUUGUAAAAGCUCCUUCAUGGUGAAACAGUAGUUAGCUAUCUUGGUACUCCCCUCCUCACUUUCCUCCCCUGCUCAGAUAUUUAUUCAGUCGAAUUAGAUUACACUAUGAAAAAUGAUAUUUUUUUUUUGACAAUAUGAAAAAUGAUUUUUGUACCCCAAUUUUUUUGGAUUGAAUUAAAGAUUGAAUUAUUGCUUGUAUAAUGAUAUCAAUAUCAAUGUAACAUACAGUUGUUGUACUGGUAAUAAAUUAUCAGGCAUUUCUGCCUGUUCUAA